AUGAACCACAGGCAGGCGGCGGACAGCCCGCGGGCCAGGAGCCGGGACGACCACCACUUCCCGGGGGAGAACAGUUGCCCAGGACGAUGGCUCGGCUCUGAGAGACAACUGCUGGCCCGCCUCAGCGCCGUCAAGCGACGCCCCGGCCACAUGUUCACCGCGCCGUCCGUCAGCCCCUCGGCGGUGGAGCAGCGCUUCCUGGAGGCGGCCGAGUACGGCAACAUACCCGAGGUGCGGCGCGUGCUGCGGCACGUGGCGCACCUCAACGUCAACACGGUGGACUACAUGGGCCAGAACGCGCUGCAGCUGGCCGUGGCCAACGAGCACCUGGAGGUCACCGAGCUGCUGCUGGGGAGGCCCGACUUGGCCCGGGUGGGCGACGCCCUCCUGUUGGCCAUCAGUAAAGGUUAUGUUCGCAUCACAGAAGCCCUGCUAGCCCAUCCAUCAUUUCGAGAUGCCCAUCGUCUUACAGCGAGUCCUGCUCAAGUGGACAUCCUGGACGACUUCUAUGCUUACGACGAAGACGGGACAAGAUUCUCCCACGACGUCACUCCGGUGAUCUUGGCGGCGCACUGCCAGGAGUACGAGAUAGUCUACACCCUGUUGAGUAAAGGCGCUCGAAUCGACCAUCCCCACGACUACUUCUGUGGCUGCAACUCCUGCAACUACCAGCAGCAGUUUGACUCUUUUAGCCACUCGCGCUCCCGCAUCAACGCCUACCGGGGACUGGCCAGUCCGGCGUACCUUUCUCUGUCCAGUGAGGACCCAGUUUUGGCCGCCCUGGAGCUCAGCAACGAACUGGCCAUGCUGGCCAACAUCGAGAAGGAGUUUAAGAAUGAUUAUUGCUGCCUGUCGAGCCAGUGCAAGGACUUUGUUGUGGGCCUGCUGGACCUCUGUCGCAGUACGGAGGAGGUUGAGGCAAUACUGAACGGAGAAACCGACUGCGACGACUGCUACGAUCCGCCAGGUCGCCCUUCCCUGACACGCCUCAAGUUAGCCAUCAAGUACGAACUCAAGAAGUUUGUGGCCCAUCCCAACUGCCAACAACAGCUGCUGAGUAUUUGGUACGAGAACCUGCCUGGUUUGAGGCAACAAACCACUGGCAUCAAACUUCUGGUUGUCUUGGCGGUGGCUAUGGGGCUACCAGGGCUGGCUAUGGCCUACUGGAUCGCUCCGUGCAGCAGAGUGGGUCGAGUGAUGCGAAGCCCCUUCAUGAAGUUUGUGGCCCACGCCUCGUCUUUCACGAUCUUCCUGGGUCUACUGAUUCUGAAUGCCGCAGACCGCUUUGCGGGAACCACCUUGCUACCCAACAUGACCCACCAUCAGAUUCCGGGAGGAAUCAGCACAGACCCGCUGCUGCUCUACCGAAUGACCACAACCCCCUUCACCUGGAUGGAGAUCCUAAUCAUCUCGUGGGUCAUGGGUAUGAUCUGGGCAGAAGUGAAGGAGAUCUGGAGUCUUGGGCCAGGGGAUUACAUUGUGGAACCGUGGAACUUUUUGGACUUUGGGAUGCUGGCCAUCUUCCUGGCGUCUUUCAGCUGUCGUCUGUCCGCGCUUAGACACGCCAGAUUUGCUCAGACUUAUGUCCACGCUCACUGCACAAACCUGACCAACGUCAUGCUGCUCCCGGAGAUCCGCUACUUUACACUUGCCCGCGUCCAUUGGUUGCCGUCAGACCCCCAGCUGGUCUCCGAGGGCUUGUACGCCGUGGCGGUGGUGCUGAGCUUCUCUCGCAUCGCGUACAUCCUCCCGGCCAACGAGAGCUUCGGUCCACUGCAGAUCUCCUUGGGGAGGACGGUGAAGGACAUCUUCAAGUUCAUGGUCAUCUUCCUGCUGGUCUUCUUGGCCUUCAUGAUCGGCAUGUUCAACCUGUACUCCUACUACCUGGGCAUCAAGCAGAACGACGCCUUCACCACGCUGGAGGAGAGCUUCAAGACUUUGUUCUGGGCCAUAUUCGGACUUUCCGAGGUCAGGUCCGUAGUCAUAAACAACGGGCACAAGUUCAUCGAGAACAUCGGCUACGUGCUGUAUGGCGUUUACAACGUUACCAUGGUGAUCGUGCUGCUCAACAUGCUCAUCGCCAUGAUCAACAGCUCCUUCCAGGAGAUCGAGGACGACGCCGACGUGGAGUGGAAGUUUGCCCGGGCUAAACUCUGGUUCUCCUACUUUGAGGAGGGAAGAACGCUGCCGGUGCCCUUCAACCUGGUCCCCAGUCCAAAGUCCAUGCUGGGUCUCUCCAAAGGCAUCAAGUCUGUGGCCCUGCGCUACAUGAGGGGACACAAGGAGGACAAAGACCAGACACAGCUAGACCAGAUUGGAGGAAGAAAAAGUCCGUCAUACAGCGGAUCCAAGCAGCCUUCCAGAUAUCAGAAGAUCAUGAAGCGCCUGAUCAAGCGCUACAUCAUCAAAGCGCGGGCGGACCGCGACAGCGACGAGAUCACGGAAGGUGAGCUGAAGGAGAUCAAGCAGGACAUCUCCAGCCUGCGCUACGAGCUGCUGGAGGACAAGUCCCACAACGUGGACACCUUGGACGGGCUGCUGAAGAGACUGGGCGACAUCAGCUGAUCCUCCUGCAACAACAAUACAGGCCACAUCAGCUGAUCCUCCUUUAACAACAAUACAGGCCACAUCAGCUGAUCCUCCUUUAACAACAAUACAGGCCACAUCAGCUGAUCCUCCUGCAACAACAAUACAGGCCACAUCAGCUGAUCCUCCUUUAACAACAAUACAGGCCACAUCAGCUGAUCCUCCUUUAACAACAAUACAGGCCACAUCAGCUGAUCCUCCUUUAACAACAAUACAGGCCACAUCAGCUGAUCCUCCUGCAACAACAAUACAGGCCACAUCAGCUGAUCCUCCUUUAACAACAAUACAGGCCACAUCAGCUGAUCCUCCUUUAACAACAAUACAGGCCACAUCAGCUGAUCCUCCUUUAACAACAAUACAUGAUGACGUGCAGUAUCAGUCACAGGUGAGGGGGACACCCUCUCAUUACUGCUGAUCCUCCUUUGUUUACUCUAACAACAAUACAGAGGACAGUAUUUUUUACAGACUGCUAAAUUAAGUUUGGGCGAUGUUGAUAUCGCUGCGAUAUCAGCAAAAGAAACACGUAUCGGAUGGUAUCAGCUCGCAUGUAAAAUGUCCGCCGUGAGCUCGGAUACAGCACAAACGGGACAAGAGCUUAGCUUCAUGAAAGAUUGUGUGACCACCCCGCUUCAAUUUAAAGACAGCACGAGUACAUU